CCUACCUGCUUAGCCAACAAGAUUUCCCGAUCCUAAGUUCAAGUCACUUUGUGUGAACAACUGACCUUGGCUUUCACAAUCUCAACUAUUUUUGUAUUCAGCUCGGAAUUUAGAGAAGAAGUGUUGCACUUGUUACUCAGAAGAUACCCAUACGACAACAUACGGUGCAUACGACACUGCUCUUUUACCUUCUAUAGCGGUACCCAGGACGAAUCCAGACUGCUCUCAACUCAUCUCCAGCUCACCAGUCACAAUGGAAGAUUCUCCAAUGGUCGAGGAUAUUGCCCUCGAGACUCCAGUUCCGGGCGCCUUUGUCCCCCCUUCUAUCAACGAAAAGGCCAUUCUCUCAGGCGACUCAUACACAUACUUCUCCCCAGUUCCCUCAACACUUCUCCCACCAAUCACAUCAACGAAAAGCAGCACACCUGAUGAAACAGAUUCACCAGCAGCGUCCGGCACUCCAGUCUGCUUAGGUGUCGAUGAGGCCGGCCGUGGGCCGGUCCUAGGGCCCAUGGUGUAUGGUGUCUUUUACCUACCCAUUCCCCUCUCGGAUCCCUUACUCCGUGAGACUCAUCACUUUGAUGACUCCAAAGUGCUUACCCCGGCUGUCCGCUCACAACUCAUGACAGCUCUGUGUACGCCAGGCUCCGACCUGGCCGAGACAUGUGGGUUUGCCAUUUCAGCACUCAGUGCCCGCGACAUCUCGUCAGGCAUGAUGCGCCCGGGAGCCAACUACAACCUCAACGCCCAGGCCAUGGACGCCACGGUUGACUUGAUCAAGGGUGUCUUUGCCCAGGGCGUCAACGUCCAGGAGAUUUACGUUGAUACCGUCGGCCAACCCGCCGCCUACCAAGCCAAGCUCCAGCGCUUCUUUCCCGCAACGAAGAUUACAGUCGCGAAGAAAGCAGACAGUCUCUACCCCUGCGUAUCGGCCGCUUCUGUAUGUGCAAAGGUUACUCGUGACGUUGCGCUUGAGGUUCUCUACAAGGGGCGAGCCCCUGACGCUGCGGCAGAGGGAGAGGAGGGCAUGGCUUGGGGUUCUGGAUAUCCGUCAGAUGGACGAUGUGUGUCAUGGAUGAGAUCUAACAUGCACCCGGUGUUUGGAUGGGGUCCCGAAUGCCGUUUCAGUUGGGGCACGGCCAAGGACAUGCUCGAGGCAAAGGGAAACCCAAAGGUGGAAUGGCCGGUCGAAGAUGACGGCGAUACCGCGCGGAUGACAGACUACUUCGCGUCGGGUAACAGGGAGGAAGAUGGUGAUGAAUUGGGGACUUGGUUUGGCAGACCGGCUGGCCUAGAGGCGUUUUAGCAGUAUAGUUCAAAUUGGGAUUGUAAAUUAUGUGUUACUUUUCGAAUACCACUUUCAGGAUGUGAAUAUCUUGCCUUGCC